GUUUUGUAAGGAUAUCGCGCGACAAUUCGUGUUUGUAAAAGUGACCAAAAAUGCAAAGUUACAUUAAAACAGUUCGGAAGGAGAUAUCGAAACAUUCCAAGAAUAAAAGUGAAUCAAAAGUCAAAAUACCUUUUGACAACUAUAAGUCAGAAGACGUUUUCACUGCAAUUAAUGGAAAGAAUUCUAAACCAGAACGAGCCCCUCGUAAAAAGAUUUCUAAAAAUAAAUAUAGCUUGGAUUUAUAUAAAUCAGAGGAGGCAUUUGUAAAUAAUGAUAUUAAACAGAAUGGAUCCAAUAAGUCACAUAAUGUGCAAAAGUCAAAAAAGAAAUAUUUAUUAAGCCCUUCAAUAUCAGAAAAUGACAGCAUCAGUUCUCCAAAAUUAAAGCUAACAAAAAAGAGGAAGCUUCAGAAAAUAAACUCCAUAAACUUUUCUUCAGAAUCAGCAAAUGAAUUAAAACCAAAAAAAUUAAAAAAGAAGGCUUAUGAAUCUCCAUUUCAAACAAACAAAAAUGAAUCAAUAGACUCUGAUUAUGGUAUAAAAUACAUGUAUGAUGAUGAAUGGAACAGUGAGCAAGAAGAUUUCAGUUUUGAAGAGUUUUCACAUAACUACUCUGUAAGUGAAGACAAUUAUGAUAUAUCACCAGAAGACACAUUUAAAGAUUACAUAGAAUCUUCUUCAAAUUUUGGUAAAGUUAAAGGAUUGAGUAGUUCAUCAGGCCUACUUGAUUGCUCUGAUAAGUCAUUGUCUGAACAAGAAUCUGUUGAUGAAAGUGGACCUGAAAAGCCAUUGACUGAACAAGAAUCUGUCGAUGAAUGUGGGUCUGAAAAGUCUUUGACUGAACCAGAAUCUGCUGAAGAGAGUGAACCUGAAAAUUUACCUGAUACUAAUGAUGAUGCAUCAGAAAUGCGGGAUCAGAGUCUAGAAUUACCUAGUAAUGUUUUCCCUGAUAGUGUACAAUCAUUUGAUUUACACAAUGCAACAUUGUUGAUAAUCAAGAAGGAACAAUAUUUAAAUGUUCAUGGAUAUGGAAAAGUUGAAGUGAUCUAUGGAUCUAUAAAAGUAUUUGGAAAUGUUUUAGGUGUAAAUAAGAUCAUAAAUUUAUUUUCACCAAGGGGAACUGCUUUAUACUCAUUAGAAAAUGCCAGUGAAUCAGAUAAUUUCACUGUCAUGUCAUUGCAAACCCUAGUGCCAAUAUUACAAAAAUACUCCAAUUUAGAUGAUAUAACCAUACAUAAAAAUGAUGCUGUUGUAUUAAUUACUAAGAUAGAUAGUCCAAAAGUAACUUUCAUAGAAGAACAUAUAUCACAACAAAUAUUCCCAACAGUUGCACCAGGUACUCCACAAGUUUCUUUCAAUCCAAUAGGAAAUUGGAACAGUAUUAAAAUCAGUCCAAUAUGGGAUGAAAAAUUAGAAAAGAUAAAUACGACAUCCAAAUGUAUGCUGAUAGGUGGAAAAGGAGUUGGAAAAAGCACUCUUCUCAGAUAUGCAAUCAAUAAAUUACUAAUGUCUUAUAAGGAAAUACGAAUAAUAGAUUUAGAUCCUGGACAAUCAGAAUUUACUGUUCCCAGUUGUGUUUCUAUUGUCAAGAUAGAUAAACCUAUCUAUGGACCAAAUUAUUUCCAUCUGACCAGUACUGAACGAUCAAUACUGUCCAAUAUAAAUGUUGGAAAUAAUCCCAGCAAGUAUAUAGAGGCUGUAGAAUCUUUAAUGACCUUUUAUAACACUCUAUCUCCUCUACCAACACUAAUAAACUCUAUGGGAUUCACUACAGGAAUAGGCAUAAAUAUUGUAUCAUCUAUAAUUGCUGCAGUACAACCCACAAGUGUGGUGCAAAUUGUAAGCAGGAAUCGAAAAAAGAAUUUCCCUUGUGUUUUGACUGUAGAUAACGUUCUUGGAAAUUUAGAACUGUUUUAUAGGCAGAAUUUGCCUCAUUUGAGUUAUCAGCUAGACACUGUGCCAUCAAUGACUGAUAUUAAUGAUGGCUGGAGUCUUGAGCCCAGACAAUUGAGAGAAAUGUGUAUUUUGAGUUAUUUUGGUCAGUUGGUGAAAGAUGGUAAUAAGCCAAUUACAAGCUCUGAUGUUCUCAAAUACCAGAGACCUUUAUCAUCUUUACAGAUUGUUGAUAGUCAGGGUAAAACAUGCCCACCUUCAUCUGCCAAUGCUAAUCUGGUAGCUUUAUGUGAUAUGGAAGAAUCAAAAUUUAUAUGUUAUGGGUGGGGAAUUGUUCAGGGAAUAGACCCACUGAAAGACAAUCUAGUAUUGAUCACACCAGAGCCAGUCAGUGUUUUAGAAAAAGUUGACUACCUGGUUGUUGGCUGCAUAAAUCUUCCUCCUACAAUGUAUAUGAAUAUUAAGGGUGUUUCAGGACUGAUACCAUAUGUAAUGAAUGGAGAACUUGAAGCCCUAUCACAAUUUACAAAGCGAGUGUAUAAGCCGCCAAAUAAUCGUUAAUUAUUAUAGGAUAUUCAUCAUGUAUCCAGAUUUUCCUAUGUUUAUGCAUAUAAAAGUUGUAACGCGUUUAAUUUUUGUUAUUAAUAUCUUGAAAUUUAAUAAAUUGACAAAACAA